AUGGCACAAGCAGAAGAGUUUCAGUUUCAAGCAGAGAUCUCUCAGUUGAUGAGCUUGAUCAUCAACACGGUGUAUUCAAAUAAAGAGAUCUUUUUGCGUGAAUUAAUUUCAAAUGCAUCUGAUGCUCUGGAUAAGAUUAAAUAUCAGUCUUUUUCAGAUCCUUGUCUUCUUGAUGCAGAGAAGGAUCUUUUUAUUCGGUUGAUUCCGGAUAAAAAGACUAAGACAAUGAGUAUUCGGGAUUCAGGGAUUGGGAUGACAAAAGCUGAUCUUGUUAAUAACCUUGGGACGAUUGCUAAAUCAGGAACAAAGGCUUUUAUGGAGGCAGUAAUGGGUGGUGCUGAUAUUUCUAUGAUUGGUCAAUUUGGUGUUGGGUUUUAUUCUGCAUAUCUUGUUGCCGAUAAAGUUCAAGUGAUUACAAAACAUAAUGACGAUGAACAGUAUAUUUGGGAGUCAUCCGCUGGUGGGAGUUUUACUAUAAGAUUGGAUACCGAGAAUCCGCCUCUUGGUCGUGGUACGGAAAUUCGUCUCUUUAUGAAGGAGGAUCAGUUGGAGUACCUUGAGGAAAAGAAGAUUAAAGACAUUGUUAAGAAGCAUUCUGAAUUUAUCGGCUAUCCUAUUACUCUUUUUCAUAUGAAAGAAGUUGAGAAGGAAGUUCCCGAGGAUACUGAAUUGGUUGAUGCCGAUAAUGAAGUAGAGUCGGAGAAUAAAGUUACUAAGAUUGAGGAAGUGGAUGAAGAAAAGAAAAAAACUAAGAUUAAGGAAUUAACUGAGGAAUAUGAAGAGCUUAAUAAGACUAAGCCUUUAUGGACUCGUAAUCCUUCUGAUAUUACUCAAGAAGAGUAUGCAUCUUUUUAUAAAUCAUUGUCGAAUGAUUGGGAAGACCAUCUUGCUGUUAAGCAUUUUUCUGUUGAAGGCCAGCUUGAGUUCCGUGCUAUUCUUUUUGUUCCUAGACGGGCUCCUUUUGAUCUUUUUGAGUCUAAGAAGAAGAAAAAUAAUAUUAAAUUAUACGUUCGUCGUGUUUUUAUUACCGAUGAUUGUGAAGAGUUGAUUCCAGAAUGGCUUUCUUUUAUCAAGGGUGUUGUUGAUUCUGAGGAUCUUCCUCUUAACUUGUCUCGUGAAAUGCUUCAGCAAAACAAGAUCCUUAAAGUUAUUCGCAAGAAUAUUAUUAAGCGUGUAUUAGAUCUUAUUCAAGAAAUAUGUGAUGAUAAGGAGAAUUUUAAUAAAUUCUAUGAAGCAUUUGGGAAGAAUCUUAAGUUAGGUAUUCAUGAGGAUUCUCAGAAUCGUGCUAGAUUGGCUACUUUCCUUAGAUUUUCUUCCACUAAGUCAGGUGAUGAGCCUACAUCAUUAGCAGAUUAUAUUACAAGGAUGCCUGAGUGUCAAAAAAAUAUCUACUAUAUUACUGGCGAGUCUAUGACUUCUGUAUCUACAUCUCCAUUUUUGGAGAUCUUUAAGAAAAAAUGUUAUGAAGUGUUAUUUAUGGUUGAACCUAUUGAUGAAUACGCAGUAACUCAGCUCAAAGAGUUUGACGGGAAAAAACUUGUUAAUAUUACUAAAGAAGGUUUAGAGCUUGAAGAGACGGAUGAAGAGAAGAAGGCUCGUGAGGAAGAGGCUAAAGAAUUUGAUGAUCUUUUGAAGCAUGUUAAGGAUGUUCUGGGUGAUAAGGUUGAAAAGGUCACUCUUUCUUGCCGUAUUAUCAACAGCCCAUGUGUUAUGGUUACUGCGCAAUUUGGCUGGAGUGCAAAUAUGGAGCGAAUCAUGAAAAGUCAGGCUCUUCGAGAUACAACCAUGUCUUCUUAUAUGGCAUCUAAGAAAACAUUGGAGCUUAAUUCUAGACAUUCUAUUAUUAGAGAAUUGAAGGAUAGAGUUACCGCUGAUAAAAAUGAUAAGACUGUUAAGGAUCUUGUGAUCUUGUUAUAUGAAACAUCUCUCCUUACUUCUGGAUUUUCUCUUGAUGAUCCUUCGAGUUUUGCUGAUCGUAUUAAUCGGAUGAUUGCUCUUGGGUUGUGUAUUAGUAACACAUGUGAAAGUAAUGAUGUAGAAAUGCCCAUUCUUGAGGAAUGUCCUUCAACUACACCUGCUACUAACUUAGAAGAAAUUGAUUAA